AAUUAUGGUUACAGCUGCAAAGGUGAAGGUUGCUCCUCCCCAGCUCGUUCUGUUCCGCAGCUACGCUCCACGGUUAGCACCAAGGGAGUACGAGAAAUACGGAUACAUGAAUCCUGACAAGAUACUAGCUUGGAAGGCUGCAAGAGCAACAUCGGCCGCACCGGUCUUCUUCGAAUCCUAUCAUGGGUUGGUUGAUGGUGCAGUUUCCUGCAAUAAUCCAUGCCUGGCCUUGAUUACCGACUUCUUUAGACUUCAAAAACUUGAAAGACAUAAAGAAAUUGUGAGUUUCGACUCAUUUCGAUGUUGUCCUCCUUGA